AUGGCUGAUGAUGCUGAAAUCGCGGCUCGUGUCGAAGCACAAGUAAAAAUGCAGAUCAAAGAAGAGAUGAAGGAUAUGAAAGACCAGAUGGCUAUGUUGACUCAGAUGAUGACUAAUUUCAUGAUGGCUCAAAGACAAACCCCAGUGGCAUCCAUGAUUCAACCCCCAGCAAUUGUCGAUCCUCAAGCGAGCGUACAAAGUGAUGGAGCAUUGAAUGGCAUGCCACCUCUUGAAGAUGUUUUACUUGGAGCUCAAGGUGACAAUCCACCUCUUGCAAAUGUUCCUCCAUCUAGCGUUCAAGGUGUUACUCAGCCUCCCGGAAAUGUCAUUUUACCCGCGCCUCAAAUCGCCACACCAACUGUACCCAGUGUUACAACCGGCAUGUUAAAUGAUGAGAGUGCCAAACUUUUGGCAAAAUUCGAUCAACGAUUGCGUGAAAUAGAAGGAACGCAUCAUGUUUCCCCAAUCGACCUGUCUAUGUAUGCCAAGGUUCAAGUCCCAGACAAAUUCAAGUUGCCGGAAUUUGAAAAGUAUGACGGCACGUCUAACCCGGUAGAACAUGUCCAGAUGUACCAGGCCCGGAUGACUAAGUAUGUCACCAAUGAUCUUCUUAUGGUCCAAACUUUCCAAGCAAGUCCGAAAGGGCCAGCCAUGAGAUGGUACACCAACCAUCAUAUCAACCGCAUUGAGACUUGGGAAAAAACGGCUGCAGCGUUCAUCAAACAUUUCGGAUUUAACCUAGACAUCACCAUCUCUAGGGAAGAUCCGGAACAAGCCGAGAUGAAGAAAGGAGAGACCGUCAAACAGUAUGCGACUAGGUGGAGGAAUUUGUCAGCCCGACUUAUGCCGGAGCCAUCAGAACGGGAAUUGAUGAAGUUAUUUGUGUCUACGCUUCCACAAAACAUGCGCUCUCAUAUACUAGGUGCAUCUGCUCGGUCGUUUAGCCGGUUGAUCUCGAUGGCUGAAGAAGUAGAGAGCGGAUUAAAGAAAGGUUGGUAUGGCGAUUUCGGUUCUUCGGGGAAGCGAUUCUUCGGAAAAAAAGACAAGGAAGCGGCCGCUGAGGUGAAUGUGACCUAUGCCCAAAAGGUUCCCGUUCAAGCCCCUAAAGCAACAAUGGCAACCCAACAAACAUUUAACUAUGGCCAUUAG